UGCCCCCAUCGUUGGUGUCAGUGUGGGGGAGGAAUAGUGCCCCCCCAUCGUUGGUGUCAGUGGGGGAGGAAUAGUGCCCCAUCGUUGGUGUCAGUGGGGGGAGGAAUAGUGCCCCAUCGUUGGUGUCAGUGGGGGGAGGAAUAGUGCCCCAUCGUUGGUGUCAAGUGGGGGGAGGAAUAGUGCCCCAUCGUUGGUGUCAGUGGGGGAGGAAUAG